UGAGAGACAAUGGGAAGAAAAAACCAAUGGCGGGUGUACUUCCUUGUUCAUCAUCAACUCUCUCUCUACUAACUCCACUCAAUUUCCAUUCUCAAGAGCAAUGCAGAGCUUUGUAUUCUCAAUCUUUAAGCACCCAAAGGUGUGGCCUUUUUGUUUGUGCUGCCAAGAAGAAAGUUAGUUUCACAGACCAAAUUCUUGAUUACAUUGAGGGGGGUCCUAAGUUGAGGAAAUGGUAUGGGGCACCUGAACUUUUACCUAAGGAUGGGUCUGUUGCUGAAGAUGAGGACGAAUUAUCAGAAGGAGAUGAAACCAGGGAUGCUGUUUUGGUAACUGACGGAGAUAGCGAGAUGGGGCAGAUGGUAAUAUUGUCAUUGAUUGUCAAAAGAGCUAGAGUAAAAGCAUUGGUGAAGGAUAAGCGGGCUGCACUUGAAGCAUUUGGAACUUAUGUUGAGUCAUUGACUGGAGAUUCAAGGGACAAGCCAUUCCUAAGGAGAGUGCUGAGAGGAGUUUCCACAGUAAUAUGCCCAAAUGAAGGUUUCUUAUCUACUGUUGGGAGCUUGAAAGGGGUAAACCAUGUCAUUCUCUUAUCUCAGUUGUCUGUUUACAAAGGUGCCGGUGGCAUUCAAGCUCUCAUGAAAAGCAAUGCAAGAAAAUUAGCCGAAGAAGAUGAGUCAAUACUGAUGGCCUCAGGAAUCCCUUACACCAUCAUCAGGGCUGGCUCGUUACAAAAUUCUCCAGGUGGAACUCAGGGCUUUAGCUUUGAAAAGGGAACUGCAGCAAAAGGAACUCUUAGCAAAGAGGAUGCGGCCUUUAUUUGUGUGGAAGCAGUUGAUGCAGUCCCCAAGGAAAGAUUCAUAUUUGAGGUGGUGAAUGGAGAUGACAAGGUUUCAGAUUGGAAAGAAUGUUUGAAUAGACUAAUGGAGAAAUCUUAACAGCAACUUCAGUAAUCAUUGGUAUAUUACAUCCUUCUUUCUGUAAGUGUUUAUGUGGGUGUCUUUGAAUAAUGGAACAGUUAUCAUGAAGGAAAAUAAAAGGGGGUACAAGUUUUGUUUGUUCGUAAAA